UUGGAUCUUUCCAUCACAUCGUCAAAGUUUGCAAGCAGGGAAAGAAAGAAGAAGAUGGCAACACAGGCCCUGGUGUCUUCUUCUCUCACAUCUUCUAUGGACGCAGCAAGACAACUAUUGGGGGCAAGGACCCUUCCUAGUGGGUCGGCCUCCUCCUCCUCUUCUUCCUCCUCAAGGAAGUCUUCGUUUGUUGUAAGAGCAGCUUCUACACCUCCAGUCAAGCAAGGAGCAGACAGACAGCUCUGGUUUGCAUCCAAGCAGAGUCUUUCAUACUUAGAUGGCAGCCUCCCGGGUGACUACGGAUUCGACCCUCUGGGGCUGUCGGACCCAGAAGGUACAGGCGGAUUCUUUGAACCGAAAUGGCUGUCGUAUGGAGAGGUCAUAAACGGGCGGUACGCGAUGUUGGGAGCGGUAGGGGCCAUUGCACCGGAGAUACUAGGGAAACUGGGGCUGAUACCGGAGGAGACGGCACUGCCUUGGUUCAAGACAGGGGUGAUACCGCCGGCAGGGACAUACAAUUACUGGGCGGACCCGUACACGCUGUUCGUGUUUGAGAUGGCACUGAUGGGUUUUGCGGAACACAGGAGAUUCCAGGACUGGGCGAAUCCCGGAUCGAUGGGUAAGCAGUACUUUCUGGGGUUUGAGAAGUACCUAGGUGGGUCUGGGGAUCCGGCCUACCCGGGGGGCCCGUUAUUCAACCCGCUGGGGCUGGGGACGAAGGACGAGAAGGCGAUGAAGGAGCUGAAGUUGAAGGAGGUAAAGAAUGGAAGGCUGGCGAUGUUGGCCAUAUUGGGUUACUUCAUACAAGGACUCGUUACGGGAGUUGGUCCGUAUCAGAACCUGUUAGACCAUUUGGCUGACCCUGUCAAUAACAACAUUCUCACCAGCCUCAAGUUCCAUUGAGAGAUGAAUAGAUGAUCAUCAUCAUCAACUCAACUAAAUUGAACCGAACCUGCCAUCUUAUAUAUCUUGUCUUAAUAUUAUAUUCUAUGUCUCUCUCUCUCUCUCGUGUUCCUUCCUUGUUCAUCAUCAGACCCUUCAUUCACUACUACUAUAUAGUCUACAACGACUUUCUUUGGGGCCCA